AUGAAUCGGUUCCUGAGUGUCCUGAGCAAGCCCGGAACCAGGGCCGAUAUCAAAGGCGUGGCUCCUACUCAGUUCACUGAGAAAGACGGCCUUGCAAUCGAUAAGCCGAACGCCACUGGCUACACACCGAAAAGCAAACCCAGAUUGCUCGAUCGGUGGCUGGAUUUCGUCGUUCGGGUGUCUGGAUCGGAGCCAGUGUUCUUCUUCAUCCUCGCGGGCCUCCUCACCUGGGCCUUGCUUGGGAUCAAGUAUGGGACCACCGACCUCUGGCAAGUCCUGAUCUCCGACAUUCAGGCAAUUGUCAGCUAUGUGUUUGACUCCUUCCUGGUCAGGCAGCAGCUCAACGCAUACGAUGAGGAAAUGACUGUGGCCGCCGAGUUGCAGUCGCGCAUUCUCAGCCACCGCAGGAUGCUGGCGAAAUUGGACCUGGAAACAGACGAGAAAGAUCCAGAGAAGCAAGUCCGUCUGCGGACGGUCGUGGCUCGGUACCGGGACGCUCCUGAAUUCAGUGCAGAGUUACCAGCUGAAAAGCGUUUCGGACGGACCAUCACUUGGUUCUCUCAUGUAUUGGGUCAUCUCGGCACCGUCGCUCUAUACUGGGUUGGCGUCUUCGUCUGGAUUGGCCUCGGACAUCGGGAAGGAUACAGCGACGAGUGGCAGCUGUAUAUGAACUCGGCUUCUUCUGCAUUGAUGGUGUUUGUUUUUGCAUUCCUGGCUAACGUCCGCGAGCGACACUCGGCCUACGCCCUCAGCUGCCUGAAUGCAAUCUUCAAGGUUGAUGCAACGCUCGAAUUUCGCCUCCGGCUCCUCACUAGCGAUAACAUUGACAACGACGUGGUCAUUAUUCCCGCGCCCAAGGUUAGCGGAGUUCAACGUGCCAUCUUCUACUACGCGGAUCUCGUCGGGACUCUAGUCGGGAUUACCAUCCUACUAGUCAUGAUGAUAGUCUGGGUCGCGAUAGGACCUCUACUGCACUUCGACGCAAACUGGUGGCUGAUCAUUGGCACUUACGCCGGUCUCGUUGGCAUGAGUGAUGGCUUUGUCCUCCGAAACUUGCAAGCUCGGCUUCGAGGCUUUGCCGAUCUAGAGUUUGAGAAGGUUGAAGCGGAAGACGACAAACUCUUCGAGAGUGUCGGUCAGGCCAUGCCGAUCAAAGAAGUCGCUGAAAAGCCAGGUCUGACGCAGCGUGUAUCCGAUGCGAUGAAUCGGGUCUGCGCACAUGAGAUCACUGUCGUGGCUGGCUUUCUCACCAUUGUGGGCCUCAUUGCAGGAGCAAGCGCAAUGAAAUGGACAAUGACAGGCCAAUUGCUGUGCAAUGUCCCACCGAGUUUGAUUGAGUCAUUCUUCAUGAUCAUCUUGAUCACAGGUCAUAACUCGGCUGAUGAUCGCAAGCGAGUGGAUCUGCGGAAUCUCUAUGAGAGGCGUCUGCAUCUUCUGGCUCUCGUCAAUGGUGUACAAACACUUCGAGGGGAGAAUGGCUCACAGAGGGACUAG